UCACUGAUCCUCUUCAGAGAAAUAAGAUGAGUCAUUUUGGAAGUAGAUGUUUUCCUUUGUAUUGCUUCCUUCUCUUUUGUCAGCUUAAAGGUUGCGCCUCUCUAUAUUACGUAACAGCUACAGUAGGAGCAGAUGUUUCUCUAAAAUGCUCCUAUAAUGCCUGGCAUCAUGGCCCACUACCUUUCUGCUGGGGCAGAGAAUCCACAUCCACCUUUGGUUGCAAUAAUCAGGUGAUAAAGUCAGACGGGACAUCCGUGGUCAGCAGGCUGUCAUGGCGUUACUCUCUCUCCGGUUAUCUUCGUGGAGGAGAUGCUUCACUCACCAUUAUGCAGGUUCAGGAGAGUGACGGGGGCAAAUAUGUCUGUCGUGUAGAAAUACCUGGAUGGUUUAACGAUGAGACAACUGAAAGCAUUGUUCGUGUCAAUCCAGGACGUCCCUCUCAACCAUUGCUGUCCAUAAGAGUAAUAAUGGAAAGAGCAGUCAGAGUUGGCUGGAUUCCUCCAUUUAAUGGUGGCAGAGCCAUUACAGACUAUAUAAUUGAUGUGAAAAAAAUAUACGAUCCAUGGAGUAGUGCAAUAAGAAGUUGGGUUAAAAGUACUGAUGCCACUGUGGUUAAUUUGCGUCCUGCAACAACGUACAACCUCCGCUUGUUUGCUGUCAACAGUGUGGGGACCAGUGAUGCCAGCAAUGUUCUGACGUUUACCACAAAAGAAGCAGCACCCGAGGGCCCACCCCUUGAUAUGCAGCUUCAAGCUCUCAGUACCAAGAGUAUCAAAGUGAACUGGAGGCCUCCAAAGGUUGAACUAAGGAACGGCGUUCUGCGCAGCUACACAGUUAGCUACAGAGAUAAUGACUCUGCGGUUCAGAAUUGGUUGCACCAUACUGUGGCAGCUACAGGUGAUCCACAGAGCGUCAUCCUGACCAAUCUGAAGUAUUCAACCAGGUAUGAAGUAACGAUUCAGGCCAGAACAAAUGCGGGACUAGGCCCUGCUUCCACCGCACCUCUCUGCUCCACUCUGGAUGAAGUGCCUCCAGAUCCACCUGUAAUUGAGUUAGAGGAUGUGACCAGCAACAAAAUCUUCCUUUUCUGGACUCCUGGCUUUCAAGGCGACAGCCCUAUCACAGGUUUCUACCUGGAUUAUAAAGCAGCAAAUGAUUCAUGGACUAGUGCUGUAAGAAGUUGGGUUACAGGGACUCGUACCAGUGUGGCUGAUUUGCAUCCUGCAACGACGUACGACUUCCGCCUGUUUGCUGUUAGCAGUGUGGGAAUGAGCAAAGCCAGCAAUGUUCUGACGUUUGCUACAAACGAAGCAGCACCUGAGGGCCCACCCCUUGAUAUGCAGCUUCAAGCUCUAAGUCCUCAGAGUAUCAAAGUGACCUGGAGGCCUCCAAAGUUUGAACUAAGGAACGGCGUUCUGCGCAGCUACACAGUUAGCUACAGAGAUAAUGACUCUGCGGUUCAGAAUUGGUUGCACCGUACUGUGGCAGCUACAGGUGAUCCACAGAGCAUCAUACUGACCAAUCUGAAGCCUUCAACCAGGUAUGAAGUAACGAUUCAGGCCAGAACAAAUGCGGGACUAGGCCCUGCUUCCACCGCACCUCUCUGCUCCACUCUGGAUGAAGCAUCAACAGUGGCAACAACAAUCACUUUGGCUACCACUUCCCCUGCUGCUGUCACAACCAGAGAUACAACUUUCUCUCCAGUGCCUCCAGAUCCCCCUGUAUUGGAGUUAGAGGAUGUGACAAACAACAAAAUCUCCCUUUUCUGGACUCCUGGUUUUGAAGGCGACAGCCCUAUCACAGGUUUCUACCUGGAGUAUAAAGAAGCAAAUGGAUAUGGUUAUUGA